AUGGCGAUGAAUGUAGGUUUUAGAAAUGUUGUUAAAUCUAAUGCAAAUCAAAGUAGUGUAAGGUCUUAUGAAAGAUCGAAAAGUCCGAGACUUCGAUGGACUGACGAUCUUCACGAUUGUUUUUUGCGUGCUGUUAAGAAACUUGGUGGAGAAGACAGGGCUACCCCUAACAUGAUUUUGCGAGCAAUGGAAGUAAAUGGAAUUACCGUGUCUCAUGUAAAAAGCCAUUUACAGAUGCACCGAAGCAAGAGGCAUGAAUCAUUAAUUCAUGAAGCCCUAAAUGCAGCUGAGAAAAGUGGGAAAGACAGGGAAAUCAUUGAGCAACUCCCUGAGCUUAUGAAGUUGACCACCUCUCGUGCAGUAUCUCGUAGGGAGGAUCGUCUACAACAACUCAAGGGUUCACUAAUUAAAAACGCCCUCGACACCCACUUUCUCGGUGAUCAUGAUCACCACCCAGUAGAGCUGCAACUAUCUCUCUCUAAUGCAUUUCCACCAACAAAAACCGUCGUAGUUCAUAUGCCAAGAGAAGACAGAAAGAGGUCGUCUGGUCCAGAAAGUUCCAAAGCGACGUCGGCCAAGGGGAAGGAGAAAGUGGCAACCGAUGAUGAAUUUGCUGUUAUGGGUGCAGAUCUGAGUCUUUGUAUUUGCAAUGAUGAUGAAGAUAAUGACAUCUCAUUAGACCUUUCCCUUUAA